AUGCCGGACGAUGGCAAACUGAAAUCUGGAGUAUCGAGCGAACAUGCAGUCAAUGUUCUUAGCCGUCGCAUUACUGGGAACAUCGGAGCAAUCUGUCAGCAUUCAAGCAUCUGUCUCCUCCGCAGCCGCUUUCAUGCCGAAGAAACCCGCGGCGAUGUUACUGUUGAGGGUGCUGACUCCAACUAUGGAAGCUCUGAUGGCCAAAGCGGCCAAUUCGGGCCUAGGGAAUGUAUGGAGUCUCUCGGCGGCGGUGGCUAUAUCGAUUCUAUCUUAUCACUAGAGGUCGAGACCAACAUCGCACGCGUUUACCGCGAUGCCAAUGCUUUGAGCAUUUGGGGAGGCAAAGGGGGUGCGGAAGUGCUCCGGCCGUCGGAGAAUUGGGUGGGCGCGGGUGCGGAGCGAUGA